AUGCUGCGCUUGUGCCGCCUCCAGUCCGCGCUGCCCCGCAAGUCUGUAGCUCUGCGGCUGCUGUCCACGUCGCCACGCAGCUUCCGCAAGAUCCUCGUGGCCAACCGCGGGGAAAUUGCGCUGCGCAUCUUGCGUUCGGCAAAGAAGCUCAACAUUGAGACAGUGGCCGUCUACAGCGACGCUGACGCCAACGCGCAGCAUGUAAAGCUGGCGACGGAGGCCUACCACUUGGGCCCUGCAGCUGCUAGUGCGAGCUACUUGAACUAUCCCAAGAUCUUGGACAUCUGCCGCCAGUCGGGAGCUGAAGCAGUCCAUCCAGGCUACGGCUUCCUGUCGGAGAACGCGGCGUUCGCUCGUGCGUGCCAAGAGGCUGGUGUCGAGUUCAUUGGUCCUCCGGUCAAAGCCAUUGAGGACAUGGGCUCCAAGAGCGCGUCUAAGGACAUUAUGAUCAAGGCGGGUGUCCCUGUCACUCCUGGAUAUCAUGGAGAAGACCAGAGCUUUGAGACAUUGCAAAGGGAAGCCAGGAAGAUCGGGUACCCGGUGCUCAUCAAAGCGGUACUGGGAGGUGGAGGCAAAGGCAUGCGAAUUGUCGAUGAAGACAACGAUCUGCAAGAAGCGCUGGAUGCCUGUGUGAGGGAGGGAGAAGCCUCUUUUGGGGACGGGCGAGUGCUGAUUGAAAAGUACCUGAGAAAGCCUCGACAUGUGGAGCUCCAGGUCUUUGGAGAUAAACACGGUAACGUCAUUCACCUGUUUGAAAGAGACUGCAGUGUCCAGCGCCGGCAUCAGAAGGUUUUGGAAGAAGCUCCAGCUCCCAACAUGUCGGAGGCAUUGCGCCAGAAAAUGGGCGACGCAGCUGUUGCUGCAGCAAAAGCUGUUGGCUAUGUUGGUGCUGGCACGGUGGAGUUUCUCCUCGAUGAGGAUGAGUCGUUCUACUUCAUGGAGAUGAAUACGCGCCUUCAAGUGGAACACCCCGUCACGGAAAUGAUCACGAAGCAAGAUCUGGUCGAGCUGCAGUUAAAAGUUGCCGCCGGCCAAGAGCUCCCGAUUCGCCAGGAAGAUCUCAAAAUUCAUGGGCAUGCUCUUGAGGCGCGUAUCUACGCCGAAAAUCCUUACAACAACUUUCUUCCUGGGAGCGGCACGUUGUUGCAUCUUCGCUUGCCUCGCACGUCAGAAGACGUUCGUGUGGAUACCGGCAUCGUGGAGGGCGACGAAGUGUCAAUUUAUUACGACCCAAUGAUCGCCAAGCUGAUAGUGCACGGCGAUAGCCGCCAAGCCGCACUAGACAAGAUGGUCAAAGCGCUGCAUGAGUACCAGAUCGUGGGCCUUCCCACAAACAUCGAAUUCGUGGCUCGGACAGUCGAUCACGCUGCGUUUCGCCAGGGCGGUGUCGACACGAGUUUUCUCGACAAGUUUGGCGAUGAGGUCCUUGGAUCAUUAGGAGUGUGCCCUCCUUACGCCAAUGCACUUGGAGCCGUGAGUUUGCUUCUUCUUGAGCAGCAAAAGUGUCACAUUGCCGGAACCCGUGAUGGCGAACUCCAUUCUCCGUGGUCAGACGAUUCGCUUGUACACUUUCGCUCAUUGGAAAAGCUGGAAAGAAAACUUCGGCUUUGCCACAAUGACAACGAGGCUUCGAUGACUGUCAAAUGUCUUUCGAAGAACGCUUUUGAAGUUCUACUAGACGGUGAGACGGCUCAAAAGUGCCUUGCAGUUAGCGGCGCGAUUGACAAGAAUGGAGAUUUUAAACUUCUGGUGAACAAUCGCACGUUCAGCGGGACCGCUGUGCUUCAUCGCCAGAACCUGCACCUCUUCUGCGACGAUAACACGCAGCGCUACGACUACAAGUUCCACGUCCCAUUGAUGUCGUUUGACCCAGCGGAGGGCAGCGCAGGCGUUGCCGCGCACAGCAAAAUCGUGACGCCGAUGCCAGGCAAAAUCAUUAAGGUGUUCGUGAGUGCGGGUGACAAGAUAACUGCUGAUCAGCCACUCGUGAUUAUGGAGGCCAUGAAAAUGGAGCACAUGAUCCGCGCGCCUAAGGAUGGCAUGGUGCAGAAAGUGUACUGCGAGAAGGACGAUUUCGUGACAGAUGGCCGUGUGCUCGUUGAGCUGGACUAA